AAAGUAUCCUCAACCCCUGGCUAUCCCAGGGGCAGCAUUGCAGAGCAUUAGAUCUCCUUUUUGGGGGAGCACACCAGAAGGAGGAAAAUUUUUCAAACAGACAGUAUUUGUGGGAUAACAUACCCCAAGAUCUGGGAAUCUAAAAGGUUCACCAUGAGUAUCAAGGAAGAUGAUGUGGAGAAGUUUCUCGAUGGUAACCCUGCUUUUGCCAAGCAAUACUUUGAUAAGAAACUGAGACCAGAGCCACUGAGCAACAAUCAGACAUCAGAGGAGAGCGAGAUACUUUUUGAAUUGAUCCAAGACAUGCAGGAAAGUAUUAACAUGGAGAAGGUUGUUUUCAAGACUCUAAGAAGAAUCAGCGGUCUCAUCCAUGCAGACCGCUGCAGCCUUUUUAUGUACAGGCAAAGGAAUGGCACACCAGAGCUAGCUACCAGGCUUUUCAAUAUCGAGAAAGACAGCACGCUGGACGAAUGCUUGGUGGCACCAGAUUGUGAAAUUGUCUAUCCUUUGGACAUGGGCAUCGUGGGGCAUGUUGCUCAAACCAAGAGAACUAUGAACAUCAGGGAUGUCAAUGAGUGCACUCAGUUCAGCAGAUUUGUUGACGAACUCACCCAAUACACUACAAGGAACAUCCUUGCAACUCCCAUCACGAAUGGCAAAGAUCUAGUUGCUGUGAUCAUGGCCAUUAAUAAGCUGAAUGGCCCGUUCUUCACCAGCUCCGAUGAAAGUCUUUUCCUGAAGUAUCUGAAUUUUGCAUCCUUAAACCUGAAAAUUUAUCAUUUGAGUUAUCUUCACAAUUGUGAGACUCGAAGAGGCCAGGUGCUGUUGUGGUCAGCUAAUAAGGUAUUUGAGGAGCUGACGGACAUCGAGAGGCAGUUUCACAAAGCUUUUUACACAGUGAGAGCAUAUUUGAACUGUGAUAGAUAUUCAGUGGGCCUUCUGGAUAGGACCAAACAGAAGGAAUUUUUUGACUUGUGGCCAGCUCUAAUGGGUGACGUUCCACCUUAUUCUGGGCCCCGGACUCCAGAUGGCAGAGAAAUAGUCUUUUACAAAGUUGUCGAUUAUAUCCUACACGGAAAGGAAGAUAUUAAAGUUAUCCCAAAUCCCACAGCAGAUCACUGGGCACUUGCUACUGGACUCCCAACCUAUGUAGCUGAAAGUGGUUUUAUCUGCAAUAUUAUGAAUGCUGCUGCAGAUGAGAUGUUUAAAUUUCAGGAAGGUCCUCUAGAUGACUCAGGAUGGACUAUCAAAAAUGUAUUGUCUAUGCCAAUAGUAAAUAAAAAAGAAGAAAUUGUUGGUGUUGCCACAUUUUACAACAGAAAAGACGGGAAGCCAUUCGAUGAACAGGAUGAGACUCUCAUGGAGUCUUUGACCCAGUUCCUGGGCUGGUCUGUCCUCAACACGGAUACUUACGAUAAGAUAAACAAGCUGGAGAAUCGUAAGGACAUUGCUCAGGACAUGGUGUUGUACCACGUGAAGUGUGAUAAGGAUGAAAUUCAGGAAAUCCUGCCAACACGAGAGAGGCUGGGGAAAGAACCAAUGGAAUGUGAAGAAGAUGAAUUGACAGUACUACUGAAAGAAGAACUGCCAGACCCCAUUCAGUCUGAGAUCUAUGAGUUCCACUUCUCCGAUUUCAAGUGCACUGAACUAGAGCUUGUGAAGUGUGGAAUUCAGAUGUACUACGAGCUUGGGGUGGUGAAAAAGUUCCAGAUUCCACAAGAGGUGCUGGUGAGAUUCAUGUAUUCUGUCAGCAAGGGUUACAGGAAGAUUACUUAUCACAACUGGCGGCAUGGCUUCAAUGUGGCACAGACCAUGUUCACACUUUUAAUGACUGGCAAACUGAACCGUUACUACACAGACCUUGAAGCCCUUGCUAUGGUAACUGCAGCUUUGUGUCAUGAUAUUGAUCACAGGGGCACCAACAACCUUUAUCAGAUGAAAUCUCAACAUCCGUUAGCAAAACUUCAUGGUUCAUCAGUUUUAGAGAGACACCACUUGGAAUUUGGAAAGUUCUUGCUUUCAGAAGAGUCCCUGAACAUCUACCAGAAUCUCAGCAGGCGACAGUUUGAGCAUGUGAAUCAUUUGAUGGAAAUUGCUAUCAUAGCAACUGACUUAGCACUUUACUUCAAAAAGAGAACUAUGUUUCAGAAGAUUGUUGAUGAGUCCAAGACGUAUGACAACGUAAAUGCCUGGACUGAAUAUUUGUCCCUGGAGACCACAAGAAAAGAGAUUGUCAUGGCCAUGAUGAUGACUGCCUGUGACUUAUCUGCGAUCGCUAAACCCUGGGAAGUGCAGAGUAAGGUAGCUCUCCUAGUAGCAGCUGAAUUCUGGGAACAGGGAGACUUGGAAAUAAGUGUACUUCAGCAGCAGCCUAUCCCUAUGAUGGACAGGAAAAAAGCUGCUGAGCUUCCAAAGCUUCAAGUCGGUUUCAUUGACUUUGUGUGCACAUUUGUUUAUAAGGAAUUUUCACGUUUCCAUGAGGAAAUUCAGCCGAUGUAUGAGAGAUUGCUGAACAACAGAAAGGAAUGGAAGGCUCUUGGUGAUGAGUAUGAUGCAAAAAUGAAAGUGCUGGAAGAAGAGAAGAAAAAAGAGGAGGAAAAAAUGGCUGCAAAGCAAGCUGCUAUGGUGGCAACUUGCAAUGGAAGAACUCCCCCAUCUAGAACCUGUUGUAUCAUUUAAAUCUACUUCUGCUGGCGUAUGAACUAUGCACCCUGGGAAAGGUCUUGUAAGAGAAAAAAGUUCCAGUGUUCAAAUAUAAAUUCUUGAUUUAACCCUUUAAUUACCUAAACUGGGCUCAUCAUCUAGCCAUGGAAGGGCCUAGUUUUGUUUACAUGACUCAUGUGAGCACCCUUACUGAGGACAGUGAGCCAAAUUCUGCCUCUUUCUCACUCCAUACGAUGCCACUGAAGUCACUGGGUUGUACUGUUUAAGACAGGGCAAAAUUUGGUCCCAUGAAUCUACUUGCAUGACUAAUAGCUGUAGCAUAUGUCCUGAAGUCUGAAUUCCCCCUUCCCUACUCCAAACCCCCAUGCAUAUUUACAGGGCCAGAUGGAUGGUGAAUGAACUUUGUGCCCAAUUAAACUGUGAUUUACCUAGCGUGCAGCCAGAGGUUACACGGUGGGUAAAUUGAGGCAGAAUUAACUCCUUGAAUGUAUCUUGCAGGAACACAUAGACAAGCCAGCAAGAUGUAAAAAGGUCAGGUCCAUUCAUCUCAUAGGGAGAAAGAUCCCCUUUAUCCAAAUAUUUAUGCUGAGAUUCUGCUCUCAGUUACGCCAGUACAGCUGUGGAGUUAUUCCACAGAAGUCACACUGAUGCCCCUAGAGCGGAGUUCAGAAUGUGGGCUUUCAUCUAGAACAGUGAAUCAGAGCACAAGAGUAUGUUAACAAUAGAACUGUUAAAUCAUCUGUCCUUCUCACACAUCCGUAAACUUUAUCUUUUGAAGGAAUUGAGCCAAAGUCAGAUCUGAUCUAUACAACUGCAACUCCAAUGAAGCUAAAGAAACACCCAUGAGGACAAGAAUAAUUCCAUAGCAGGGUCUGAACAGUAUGCAGUCAAUGCUACAUGGGGCCACACAGCAUGAUGAGGAUAAAACAAAAUAUUGAAAAGCUGCUCAUUCUCUGAGCAUGAUCAGUUUUGUGCAUGGAAUGAGGCAGGGAUCCUAGGGAAAACAUAGCAUGUGAUCAUGUAAUUAGAGUGUGGGUCAAUGCAUAGGCACAAGGGCGCUAAAUUAAAGUUGCAAAAGCAGCCUUAAUUCCAGCAUUCCUUGAGUGUUUGACUUUACAACAUUCAUAUUAUUUUAAUAUAAUUUGUUGAUAAUGUAACUUGCUUGACCAAAAAGUAGGCCUAUUUUGAUCAAAAUUAUGGAAAACAAGAAUAUGAUCAAGCUUGGAGUAGGUGCUACAAUGGGUUUUGGAAUAUCCUCCAUUGUUGUUUGCAGGGUUGAUAUUAGAGACACAAGGUAGUGAGAUAAUAUCUAGAAGUUGAUCCAAUAAAAUAUAUUACCUUACCCACCUUGUUUCUUUGGGACACCACUGCAUUUCCCAACACCUCUGAAAUGCUAAGAGCUGAAUUAGAGAAACAAAUUCCAACAUGUGGCUUCAGGUUGGUCUGUGCACCUACACUUACAAGAACCCAGCAAAGGAAAUGAUAGGGGAAGGAUGUAAGGAGAUAUCCUGCUCUCCUCUUCUUCAAGGUCACUCCCCCCAACCCCCUUUUGCACACGUCACUGUUUUAUGAGAGAUUUACUAUAGUUAAGACAUAUUCUAUUAGCUUUUGUAAAAACAAACAAAGAACCUUGAUACUCUUGUCAUCUCCUGUGCUUUUACACUUGUGACUCACUUACAUCUGUAGCUACUCCUAACUGAAGAGAGAGGAGAAUUGGGUCCACAACAAUCUCUGAUUCUCACUGAAUGUCAGUAAUGCCUGAUUCACAACAAUGAGGGAAGAGACUGGCUGUUCUCAAUUU